AGUGAGCGCGUCCGCCAUUUUACAGUCGCCAUUGAAAGGUGAAAAUCCUCCUAAAUGUUUCACGAAUUAUUAACAAAUUAAAAUCCGUAAAUAUUUGUAAAUAAUAAUUUCCAAUAAAUCGUCAAAGCUCCGUUAACAGUAAUCGUGUUAAUGUGGAUGAUAAUAAAAUCCCUGGAUUUAUGUGUAAUUUACGUGAAAUAUCUUGGUGUUAAUGUGAUAAAUACGUGGGGGAAUAAUGUGAAGUUUCAACUAUGAAAUAAUUACAGUGACCAUUUUAAUCAUUUGUUUUUCGUUCUGUUUUAUUCGAUACAUCAGCGUCAUCACGAGAUAUCAGGGUGUGAAGUUUUUAUUCGGGUUAUUGACUAGUGAUUGUUGCGGUGCACUUGUUGGUGGGAUAAAUUAACAUCGUUCUGGUACGAUGGAGAAGCCAUGACGCACCCGUCGCAUCAGACUAACGGCGCCAGCUUGGAGGACUGCCACACGAAUUUCUUCGCACUGACCGACCUCUGUGGGAUAAAAUGGCGAAAGCUCGUGUGGGGCGAGAUGACAGGUGGCUUUGGGGGUACCCCCCUUGAGGAUCCAGUCUUAUCGAGUUUCUCAAGAUGUCUAGCAGGUGACAUUCUCUGCGUAUGGCGGCGAGUGGCAGCAACACCACCCUCAACCUCCGGUGGAGGUGGAAUAUUUGAUCUUGGAAUAGCCCCAUCACCAGCUCCACCGCCCCUGUCCCUAACCGCUGCCAAGGAGCUCUGGAUAUUCUGGUACGGCGAGGAGCCGGAUUUGUCGGGUCUCGUGUCACAGGAACUCAUCGCCUGCGAGAGUGAGCAAGGCUCCUGGGAGAGUGGUCUGUCGUACGAGUGUCGUUCUCUCCUGUUCAAAGCUCUUCAUAAUUUGAUAGAGCGGUGUCUCCUCUCACGUGACUUUGUUCGCCUCGGCAAAUGGUUUGUCCAGCCUUACGAUGGCUUCGAGAAGCAUCGCUGCAACAGCAGCCACCUGUCGUUCUCCUUCGCAUUCUUCGUCCACGGGGAGAGCACAGUAUGCGCGAGUGUCGAUGUUAGACAGCAUCCAGCCGUUAGACAUCUUACACGAACAUGUCUGCAGCGUACUCAGACGUCCCAGAAUGGUGUCAAGGUUAUUCUGGCACCAUACGGUCUCGCUGGUACCCUCACCGGUCAAGUUGGCCGUGUAGACAGCCAACUACUCGAAGAAUGGAAGAACUUUUACCCAAUGAAUGGUAAUAACAUCGAGUCUGGUCUUCCCCCACUCGUUGAAGUACUCGUGGGUGGUGUUAGAAUGCGUUAUCCAUCCUGUUACGUUCUCGUCACCGAUAUGGACGAUAUUCCAACUGAAUUGCCACUGUCACCACCGUACAGUCCAGCAACAGCAACUUACGAGCAUCCAAAUUCAAUUCAACGCGACUCAAAAGCUUCCACUGAAUUGCCUGAACGUGUUUGGGCCGAAUGCACACUCGGUUCACCACUAUCUUCCAAGUGUAAUGAUGCAUCUUCCCCGGAGCUUGGUACCUGGACAUUCGUCGAUGCAACACAAAAGUCUUCCUGCACCUGCUCCAAGUCAACACUGAAUCGAAGUACAGAGGCACCAAGUACUCCACCAGGGGGUCCUCCCUCGUACUCGCGUGGUCCACCAACGGGUGGUGACUGCCCUCCAGUACCGUCAGUGGGCUCUCCAGGCUCACCAGUUCCAUCACCCCUUCCAACUCCUCAUUCAGAGCCAGCAUCGGUGCCACCAUCGGCUGAUCCAACGAUGCCAACACUGAGUCCACAACCACCGCCAAGUCACUCGAAUACUGCCCCACCAUUGACACCAUCCCAGGGUCCCAAAUCCACAUCGUCAGCAUGCUGCAAUAAUAAUCAAAUGCCCAGUCCAGCGCCAGGACCAACGCUUAAACGACCAAUACUGGCGUCUAGGGAGUACGAGGGCGCUCUUCUGGAUGAUGAACAGCCGCUCUCUUGGCUGUACGAUUAUUCAACGCAGGAGGCAUGGCUCAAUCAUCCUGUUAAACGGUUCAAGGAGGAUGGAUAUAAUCCAUCUGUUGGGCCCUGCAAUCAACGAUCGAGCAGUCUUUAUCCACCCAUGAAUAAUUCAAUUAAUCAACAGGCACCUAAACUCGAGAUCAAGCAGGAGCCAGGAUUGAUUACUGGCGAUUGCACCGGCAGAGCCGACCCCUACGACUUCGACCCCUCAGGGGAUGAGAACGGUGGAUCGGACGCCCUCCGUCGUCAGCGCGACGAGCCAAAGCCGGGCUCCCUCUUCACCUCCGAGGGCCUCCAGGCCUCCUACAAAGACCUCGACCAGAUAUUCGACAACUCCGACCCAGACACCUCCAGCGACGAGACAAACCUCAAUCAACUCCAGGUGCAGACGCCCCCAGGCUCGAACAAAUCCGGUGGCCUUCACGAGGAGACCCGCCUGGACGGCACAACAAAGCACAACAAUCGUGGAGUGGGAGUCCUCCGCCCAGAGGAGCUCUCGAAAAUGUUCCCAACGCCCCCCUCCCUGGAGCACAACCCAGUGGCCUCCCCCUGCCAACUGAGCGACGUCCCAAUGGACCAGACAGAGCUCUCCCUGAGCCAGCGCCCCCUGCGCCAGCUCCCCGACAUCUACCCGAACAUGGGAUCACCACCUGAGGAGCCAAUCGACGACUGGUCCUACGUAUUCAAGCCCUCCCUAAUAAGCAAGCUAGUGGGCUCAUCAAAAUACGCACCACUGACAAAUCUCCCGAGUCAAUCCCUGCCACCAGUGACACUGCCAUCCCACUGCUUCUACCGGCCCUCCUGGCAAUGCAAUCAGGCCCCCAACAGCCAGGAAAAAUCCACCAACAGGUCCCAGACCCAGUCAAAUAGAUCCCAAACCCCCCAGUCAACACCCCAACCCCCUCAACCCCAAGUCCCAACUCCCCAGCAGAUUUGUCCCCCCUCACCAGCCCCAGCAGUGGCCCCAUACCGUUCAGGCAGACCACCGCCUCCCCCCUACGACCAGCCGAGUCCCGCCACCUCGACGUCGUCCUAUCUAAACAAAAACCUCAAUUCCAUGGAGGCUGACACACCCGGACCAACGAGAGCACCAGAAUCAAACUCCCUGAUCGUUAAUAUUCUCCUGGGUGACACUGUCCUCAACAUCUUCAGGGAUCACAACUUCGACAGCUGCAGUCUGUGUGUCUGCAAUGCUGGGCCAAAGGUUGUUGGUAAUAUAAAAGGUGCUGACGCUGGUGUUUACCUAGCUGGCUCUUGGACAGGUGGUGGCAGUGGUUUAUUUCACGACGACGAUCAGAUACGUUGCAGCUGUGGUUUCAGUGCUGUUGUUAAUCGACGUCUUGCCCAUAAAGCUGGAUUAUUCUACGAGGACGAGAUGGAGAUAACUGGAAUAGCUGAUGAUCCUGGUGAUAAGAAGAAGGGAUCACUGAUGGCUGUUGCCAAUGGAGGUGGAAAGUCCGAGGGUCUGGAUGUGAUUCCCUCUGGGGUAUUGGAACUCCUUCGUGAACAGUGCGCCAUUGUUCAGAGCUCUGUCAGCAGUCUCUACAGGGCUGCCAAGGUGUACGCUGGAUCCAGGAGCACCAGCAGCAUGGCGCAGCCAAGUUUAAAUACACUGGAGUUCAAUGAUGGAAAUGAUGUGUCACUGGCUGCCCUUGAGCAGGGAAAACUCGUGGAUGGCAGUCAGAUGGAGAGGAGUAACAGGAUAAGUGGAGUGCACAGGUGGGCAUUCAUCAGAGCUAGGGGGCCUCAGUGCACUGGUGACAUUGUCAGGAUGAUGAGGGGACUUCAGCCCCUUCUGCAGGAGGCAGUCCAGAAAAAAUGCACAACGAGAAUGUGGGAGGCACCCUACACCGUUGCUGGACCACUCACCUGGAGGCAGUUUCAUCGAUUAGCUGGGAGGGGUACGGACGAUCGAUGCGAACCCCAGCCAAUACCAGCUCUUGUCGUUGGUUACGACAGAGACUGGCUGUCGUUGUCGCCUUAUGCUUUGAACUACUGGGAGAAACUAUUGCUGGAGCCAUACGCUGGACCGAGAGACGUUGCCUACGUUGUUCUCACGCCGGACAACGACUCGGUCAUCAGUAAAGUCAAGUAUUUCUUCAGAGAGCUGUCGACAACGUACGAGAUUUGCAGGCUGGGGAAGCACACCGCAAUAACAAAGGCCUCCAGAGAUGGAAUUAUUAAAGUGGGUAAAAAUUCCUGUCAGAAAUUUGCCAAACAACCGAUUGACGAUUGGUUCAAGCUACUUGGGGAGAAUCAGUUGGGCGAGCAGUUGAGACUUUACGCUCAAGUCUGCUCUCAUCGUCUUGGGCCUUAUCUCACCCAGGUGAUACAGGACAGGAGCCUCCUGGACCCCGCUGAUUCACCGAGUAAACAUCAGAGUCAGUCCCAACCGCCAUCGGUACCACCUGCUGAGUCCAUGCCACCGACUCCAGACGGGGCUGUCUCCAUCAAACAAGAGCCUGAUAAUGAAGUGACUAGAAGUGAAACCCCAUCCAACACUCCCAACAAUAAUUCUGUGGGGAAUACCACACCCACCAAUUCCCAGACAUCGCCGGGGAAUAAUGGAAGUAAUUCACAGACGUCAGGGAAUAGUACAGCAGCUUCGACGACCAUUGGACCUGAUGAAGAUGAAAUUGAGCCACCGGCUGUUGUCGUUUACAUCGUUGAGCCUUUUUCACUUGGUGGACCGGAGAAUCCUGACAGGAGGCGGCUGGCAGUGCUCGCUUUACUCAGGGCGUACUCAGCGGCCAUCAGUGCAAUGCCGGAAAAUAUAAGAUCUAAUAUAAAUGUUCAACUGAUCUCUCUGGAGAGCAUCAUGGAGCUGGGGAGGGCCAGGGAGAGGAGAAAAAUUCAGGACGAAAUGCGGGCACUUGCGUUGAAUGUCUUCCUUCAAGGCAGGAGACUGUUGAAUCACAAUUCAACUGUCAAGAGUCUGACUGGAUUUGGCACAGCGGCCGCUGCUGAUCUCUUCCUCAAGAGCAAGGAUGAGAGGAAUAGGGCUCCUUAUCGGCUUUAUGCGCCGGCUUAUGUACUAGCUCCACUGAGGCCCAAGAGCGAGGCUCCAGAGUCCUUUGGAAUUGCUGGACCCGAAGAGUGUUCUGUACUUUAUCUGAGCUAUUGUCUGUCGGAGGAUCAGUCGAGGCUUUUGGCUGUUGCCACUGACGACAGAGGGGAGAUUUUCGAGACUGCUGCCAUCAAUAUUGAUAUUCCGAAUAGGAAGAGGAGGAAACGGGCCUCGGCGAGGAGAAUUGGACUCCAAAAACUCAUGGAUUUUAUUCUUGGGGUCAUGUCCCAGGGGGUGCAACCUUGGAGGCUGGUCGUGGGGAGGGUGGGGAGGAUUGGGCAUGGGGAGCUCAAGGGCUGGAGUUGGCUGCUGUCGAGGAAAUCUCUCCUCAAGGCCUCGAAACAUCUCAAGGAAAUUUGUGGACAGUGCAGCCUUCUUUAUCCCUCGGUUGCACCCUGUGUUCUCAGUGCUUGUCUUGUAUCGCUUGAACCGGACUCUACGUUGCGGCUCAUGGCGGAUCAGUUCACUCCGGAUGAUAGGUUCAGUCAACCUGCGGUCAAUUGUCAAUUGUCUACUCCUCAGGAUGUCACCUGCACUCAUAUUCUUGUGUUUCCAACUUCGGCGACUACUACAUCGUCGCAGACAGCAUUCCAGGAGCAGCACAUAAAUGGUCCUGAGCUGGGUGAUGACGAGUUAUUCUCAGCCCUGAAUGACGAUAUGCCUGAGGGUAUGGAGGGAAUGGGUGAUUUCAACGAUAUAUUCAACGUCUGGCCAGAAGCAACUGGCGGUGGUGGUCAGAGUCCUGGUGGCAGUCCCCACAGGCCCGAGGGUUCGCCAAUGGGUGGAGAUGGUGGCGGCUCUGGUAUGGGAAAUCACGACGGCCCUGGCAGUCCAUUUCCCUGCAGCAAUACACCGAGGGCCACUGUUGCUGAUCAAGCCGAGGAGGUGGGGACACUGCUCCAACAGCCACUGGCACUUGGCUAUCUCGUGUCAACAGCACCUACUGGACGCAUGCCACCCUGGUUCUGGGCUGCUUGUCCUCAUCUUGAGGGCGUUUGUCCUGCAUUCCUGAAAAAUGCUCUUCAUCUGCACAGUCCAGCGAUACAGCAGAAUAGUGAUGAUUUGCUGCAACAGCAGAGUGCGCUGACUGCACAUCCACUGGAUUCACAGUACACAACUGAUGUGUUGAGAUACGUCCUAGAAGGAUACAAUGCACUAUCAUGGCUGGCAGUUGAUUCAAACACUAAGGAUCGUCUCUCUUGUUUACCAGUGCACGUACAAGCGCUCAUGCAGCUGUACCACGCAUCAGCAGCCCUCGUCUGACCCAGACCAUCAAAAUUACUAGCGCAUAAUUACCAACCCCUCAAUCUCUCUCACGCAAUUAUUAUUAUUAUGUUUAAUAUUAGUAACACGUGGGGCUUAAACGAGAGCAUAAAGGAGUCACUUUCAUACGCCCUCAUGACAACAUUCUCUCAGUUCCAAUCGAGAGUCAUGCAAUUAUCAAUUCAAACUAGUGAUUUUUAUUUAAUUAGAAAUAUGGUGGAGAGGCAGCUAAUAGACAGCUACAGUAACCGAUUAAAAUGACUCAAUUUUUUUCUCUUUUAUUACGCAAUUUUUAGGUAAUUUUAAUUUGGCUCAAGAGAGAAUGAAUAACGAAACGAAUAAUGAAUGAUUAAAAAUACAUGAUGUUUAGCAUAAUAGGGCAUAAUAAUUUUUUGCAUAAAAUCCAUUGCCUCUUCGAAUUUUUUAGAUAGUUGAAUUUUUAAAGACAAAAUGAACAAAGAAAUAAUCAGAAUCUCUAGUAAGCAAAUAAUAAUAAUGGUUGCGUAAUAUCAAAAGGAAAAGGAAAAAUAAACAAAAUAGUAGAGGAAAAAUGGGAAAAUGUUUUUAAUUGUAAAUUGACUUUUUGUACAAAGCUUUUAAUUAUUACUAGCGACAAAGUAAUAUAACGAAUAUUACGUUGUUUUUUAAUUUUAUAUAGAUGAAUAUAAAUGAACAAAAGACGAAAUAAUUGAAAAAAAAUAACACCAUAAGAAUUAUGGGACAACAGCGAGAAUAAUGAUGAGGACGUGUGGGGCUUUAAACAUUAGAUGAAUUAUCCAUUAUUGUAAUCAAUCUCCCCUCCCCCCCAGUUGUCGAUUUUUUAUUGAUGAUUUGAUAUUCAUUAAAUAGCUAGCCCCCUCUCUUUCUCUCUCCUUCUCCCCCUCCCCCAUAUUUUCGCCUCGUACAAGCCCCAAGUGGAAGAAUUGAUAUUAAAGGGAAUUCAGUUGAUGACGCGGCUCGAUAAAAUCAUAAAAGAUGAAUGAAAAAUUCUCUCAAUGGGGCCACCCUGUUAUCAUGUUUAUUAGUGUCACAUUGAGAGUUUUAAUCGCGUGAUACUUGUAUAUUAAUUUUCACAAUUACAAUUCCUUUCUUAAAAGAGAAUAAAGAAAAAAAGAACAAAAAUCGUUUUAUUCAUGAUAAUGAGAUGAUUAAUAGAUGACAUUCUAUUAUAAAUAACAGUUGUAAUGUAAAAUAUUGUUUAAAAUGAGAAUAAGUAAUUUAUCAUUGAAUUUAAUUGACGAUUGAUGGAAAAAAAUUAGGCGAAUUGAUGAGGACUAUUGAACAAUAGGAGAAAGUAAGAAAAAUGUGAGGUAAAAAGUAACAGUUGUGUCUAAAUUAUUUCGUUUAUUCCAAGGGACAAUUUUAUUUUUUUUCAUCAAAAAAUUACUUCACUGAUGAGAGUGAAAUUGAA